CCUGCAAAAGAGAGAAGGGAACAGCCGAAAUAAGGAGAAAAAAAAACGAAAAAAUAACCAAAAAAAAAAAAAAUCGAAAUCUGGUUUUCUCUUCUGUUCCUUCUCUGAUCGCAGCAUCACUGUUUUUCCGUUUCAGGGCCAUUUCGUCGAUUCUCUUUAGUUGAUACGUGACAUGAGAAUGGAGCUGACGAGCAUUAAGGAUGCAUUUGACCGUGUUUCGAAGAAGCAGAAACUCUCCUAUAGUAAAACACAGGAAGCGGUAGACAAACUGUCUCAAGAAAUAGAGAAGGCAUUGCGCAUAUUACAGGAAGCACCACCGGAUGCUCCACUUGAACAUAAAUCUAUAGUUGCUGAACUUAAGAAAAAGUUGCAGGAGAUUGCUCCAAUCAGUCAGUUGGAAGCCAGUCAGAAAGAACUAAACGUGGCUCUGAGCAAAUUCCCUAAAAUUCUCGAGAAGACCCUGAAUCCAGACAUAUCAAAGGCUUGCAGAAACGUCGAGUUUGACACUCAUAUCGUCAACCAGAUAAUUGCAAGCUUCUUCUACAGACAGGGCAUGUUUGAGAUCGGUGAUUGUUUCAUCGCCGAGACGGGUGAGGCCGAAUGUUCUGCCAGGCAAUCUUUCAUGGAAAUGUAUCAGAUACUAGAAGCGAUGAAGAAACGGGAUCUCGGACCCGCACUUAACUGGGCUGCCUUGAACUCCGAGAAGCUAAAGCAAGCCCGAUCUGACCUUGAGAUGAAACUCCACAGCCUACACUUCCUAGAAAUAGCACAAGACAAGAACUCGAACGAAGCUCUCAACUAUGCAAGAAAGCAUAUAGCAACGUUUGCGGAUAGCUGCCUUCCGGAGAUCCAGAAGCUUAUGUGUUCUCUCUUAUGGAACAGAAAACUCGAUAAAUCGCCAUACUCGGAGUUCCUCUCGCCGGCCCUAUGGUACAACGCGGUAAAGGAGUUGACCCGACAAUACUGCAACCUAAUCGGCGAAUCAUAUGAGAGCCCGUUGAGCGUAACGGUAGCAGCAGGUACCCAAGCUUUACCACCUCUUCUAAAAUACAAGAGCUUGAUGGUGAACAAGAAGCAGGAUUGGCAGACAAUGGAGCAACUUCCGAUCCCGGUGGAACUGUCCGAGGAGUUUCAGUUCCACUCGGUUUUCGUCUGCCCGGUCUCGAAAGAACAAUCGACAGAAGAUAACCCGCCGAUGAUGAUGACAUGUGGGCAUGUCCUGUGCAAGCAAUCCAUCAACAAGAUGUCCAAGAAUGGAUCCAGAUCCUUCAAAUGCCCUUACUGCCCAUCCGAUAUAGACGCCACCCAGUGUAGGCAAUUGCACUUUUAGACUAUCCCGGUAAUCGUUUUCUAUUCUCAAAAAAAAAAAAAAGAGAAAAAAAGUUGGUCGGGGAUGAUAUCACAGUGUGUCCUCCCAUCUCUGUCCGAAUGUGUAAUAUGGUGUUCUGUCUUUCAUGAACUGUGGCCGUGUUCUGUGUUUUAUUUAUGUACACGAAAGUGGUGGGAGGGACCGAUGCUCAAUGUUUAUGUUGCUGUUUCGUCAUACCAUUCUCUGUAAAUAGAAAUUAUUUCCGUUCCA